AUGCCGGGAGUAGACAACGAAAUCAAGGGGCGCCUGGCCCUCGUCACAGGCGCAUCAGGAGGCAUCGGCGGCGCCUGCGCCAAGGACCUGUUCGCCAACGGCGCGAACCUGGCCCUGACGUACUCGAGCAACAAGGCGGCCAUCGACACGCUCAUCGCGGAGCUGCAGAAGCAGCCGCAGUGGGCCGGGGCCAAGGUGACGUCGCACCAGGCGGACAUGGCCAGCGCGGACGACAUCCAGCGGCUCUUCUCCGAGAUCAGCGCGCAGCACGGGCAGGAGGGGCCGGACAUCCUGGUCUCCAACGCCGGGUACGGCAAGAGGAUCCCGGACGUCCUGGACAUACCCAUCGACGAGUUCGACCACACGCUCGCCGUGAACCUGCGCGCGUCAUUCAUCCUCACCAAGCUGGCGGUGCCGCACAUGAAGGCGAAGCGGUGGGGGCGGAUCGUCUUCAUCGGCAGCCUGGCUGCGUUUGGCGGGGGGAUCAAUGGUUGUCACUAUGCCGCGUCCAAGGCUGGGCUGCAGGGCAUGAUGCGGAACCUGAGCAGGAAGCUCGCUGGGGAUGGGAUCACUGUCAACGACGUCGCGCCUGCGAUGAUUGGGGACACGGGCUUGAUCCCUGACGAGAAGACGGUGGCGGGCACGCCUGGCGACCCGAAGAAUAUCCCCGUGGGCCGGCUGGGAAGCCCGCAGGAGGUGGCGAAUAUGGUUACCAUGUGUUGUCGGACGGGGUAUCUGACUGGUCAGAGCAUGCUGCUCAGUGGUGGGUUGAUGUGA